AAGACGGCGAGCGGGGUCGGCACGGAGUCCUCCAGCUGCUGACGGGGGACCGUCCGCGGCUGCCCGCUUAAGCCUCACCUUCCCUCCCCGCCAGGUGGAAAGGCUCAUGAAGCCGCUAAGGGAGAGCCUAGUGGUUAGAUCUGCAGCUGGAUGGAUGGUUAUGGGGAAAGGGGCAAGCGCGCAAGCCCUCGGACUGACCCACUUCUUCUCCUCUUGGCUCUCCAUCAUCUUCCCCGCAGCCAUGUCUCCAUGCAAGAUCAUGAAGUGCAACUCUGAAUUUUUGGCCGCAACCUCGGGGACGCAGCCCCCGGCCGCUGAGGAUGCUCCUGAGUUCUGCACUGCCUUGCGCGCCUAUGCCCUCUGCACCCACCACACAGCUCGCACCUGCCGGGGAGACCUUUUCUACCACUCUGCAGUCCAUGGCAUCGAUGAUCUCAUGACCCAACACAACUGCUCCAAAGAUGGGCCCACCUCCCAGCCUCGCCUCCCCCCGCUGCCCCGGGGCGACAGCCAGGAGCGCUCAGACAGCCCCGAGAGCUGCCAUUAUGAACGUAGCUUCCACAAACACUCCUUGCGCCCCAACUACACCCACUGUGGGCUGUUUGGAGACCCCCACCUGCGGACGUUUUCGGACAGCUUCCAGACAUGCAAAAUCCAAGGGGCCUGGCCGCUCAUUGACAACAACUACCUGAAUGUGCAAGUCACCAACACUCCUGUCUUGCCUGGCUCCCUGGCAACGGCCACCACCAAGCUCACGAUCAUUUUCAAGAGCUUCCAGGAGUGCGUGGAUCAAAAGGUGUACCAGGCAGAGAUGGAUGAACUCCCAGCAGCCUUUGCCGAUGGCUCGAAGAAUGGCGGGGACAAGCAUGGUGCCAACAGUCUGAAGAUCACCGAGAAGGUCUCUGGCCAACACAUUGAGAUCCAGGCCAAAUACAUUGGCACCACCAUCGUAGUGAGGCAAGUCGGUCGCUACCUCACUUUUGCCGUCCGGAUGCCAGAGGAGGUCGUGAAAGCUGUGGAGGAUGGAGACAACCAGGGCCUCUAUCUUUGCCUCCGGGGUUGUCCACUCAACCAGCAGCUAGACUUCCAUGCCUUCCCUUCCACCCCAAAGGCUACUGAAAACCGCCCUCACCGGAAAAGCUCAAACCCAUCUUCUUCACCUGAGGUCUUCACCUAUGAAACGGCCACAGCCAAAUGCAAAGAGAAGCUUCCGGUUGAGGAUUUGUACUUCCAGUCCUGUGUCUUUGACCUCUUGACAACCGGUGACGUCAACUUCACCCUUGCUGCUUACUAUGCUUUUGAAGACGUCAAGAUGCUCCACUCCAACAAAGACAAGCUUCACCUCUUUGAAAGGACACGAGACUUGGAGUCGGGCGAUAGGGCCACCUCCCAGCUUUCCAUGGCUUUGUUUCUUUCGCUCUUGGCAUUCCUAUGCUUGAAUCAGAGUCCAUCCUUUUUCUUGUAGACUAGCCUAGACACAUUUGGUGGAGCUGGGAAACUGAGGAGCACUGUUAACAGUUUGGGGCAGGUGUGAAACGGAAGCAACUGGGAAUUGCGUUGACACAGGUCAUGUCUAGAAAAUGUGACUAUGGAUCUUCCUGUCAACAUCUUCCCUGUCAAAAAAGGCUUCCUCCAUGUGGGAGGGUUGUCAAGGGCCACGUCAGACACCUUUCUCCUUCCUCCAGUUGCUACACAUGAUGGAGAGAUCUUCCUUCUCACUUUUCUUGAAUGCCUUUUUUCACGGACAAUGGCAUUUGUAUAAUAGUGUUUGGAGAGGCAAAUCGGAACAGUUGCUUCUGGACUGUGCAUAUAGUGGCUUGGAGAUGACAGAAGACUGUUGAAAGAAUCCCUAAGUGGGCCAGAAAUGGGCAGAGUCCCACGGCCUUGGGGGGAGGGGUGUCUGUUUUUGCAUCCUGCUCAUGAAAAAUGGGUUCGCGUGGUUGCAUCCUUGUGCAUGGGACUCUGCUGGUGCACACUUAUCUCCAGUUUGGCUUGGGCAGCUGCUGGCAGCUGCUCUUGGGUGGGGUGGGUGUAUCAGUGGUCUUUCCCUCCACGUCCAGAGGAAUGGCGCCUACGAACCAAUCUGCAAGGUUUUGAUGGUCCCUUUGCCUCCCCUGGGCAGACACCACCCCUACAAACUCGUUUCCUUCCUUGCUUACUCCAUCUUAGUCUCCUUCAUAGAAAAUGGCUUCCUUUUGCUUCAGCGGAGAAUGAACUGGGGAAGAGUGGGAGGGUUGACCUGAUUUCAUGGGCAAUGUGAGAAGAUUGUGUUUCUUUCCAACUCUUGGGUGUGGUUCGAGAACCACAACGCCUGUCCUGUUUUCACACUCGUUGUCCACUCCUGUUCUGGUACUUAGGAAAAUAAGCUAGGGAACUAGGCCAGUAUUAGUCCAGUCCGUGCCACCUCUAGGUGCAAAUCUUCUGGUUGACGUCAUCCUGAAGUCUUUCAUUUUGGAAAACAAACCAAGCCAAUCCAUAGGAGAGCUGGGACAUCUUUUUCAGUGGUGUCGGUUUUCAGACCUCAGUUGCACCUUCUUCCCCAAUGACUUGUCCCUUCCUGCUUCUGCAGUGGAUAUGAUGAGUUGUUCUGGUCAGUCGCCCUGCUGAGAAGGCUGCCUGCUGAGUUGGUGGCAUUACUGUACUAUUCGGGCCUUGUAUUAUAAAACAGAAUUCUUUAUUGGCCAAGUGUGAUUGAACACACAAGGAAUUUGUCUCCAGUGCAUAAACUCGUAUUACAUACAAACAACAAGUGAUGGCUCAUAAGUCAUAAAUCAAUUAUCGUCAGGAAGCUCACUCCAAAUUGAUCAGCAAUUUAUGCAAAAAAAAUUGGGCUGUGCAUUUCCCAGAAGAUAGGUAGGCCUCAUAAACAAUGCUGUUGUUUUAUUUGAGGAAUGAAGGGGGAGAUGGAAGGUCUGCCUCAGUAUUCUGGAAAUACCGUUUUACAAGAUGCACCUUCUUUAGGUCCAUGUUUUUCUUGUACAACACCUGAACUAAGGAAACUCUGAAACAUUAUUUUGGGUUUAGGUCCAGGUGCCAGAUGAGAAGCCUCCCAUCCUAAAAUUUAUCCUGAUCCCUUUCUAUUUUGAAUACACCAUGGUGGGUGUAUCCCCUUCCUUGGGAAGGGGACAGAUUGUGUGGGUGUGUUUGCUGUGUAUAUUGACAACAUGCAAGUUUUAGAGAAACCUUUGAGAGUGAGCUCAGUCUGUUCCUAAGUUGUGAGCCCUAUCUGACCAUCACAACACCAGAAGGACAUCCAGCUAUACACAAAGCCAUGUUUUUGUAUGCUUCAAGCAUGAACAUCUGUCUGAUCAUCUGCCAGCUCAUAUUUUAUCUUUUUUGAGUGUGCAAUAAGUUGAACACAUACUAAAACUUACAGAUGGUCAUUUUGCCAAGUGAGCAAAGAGAUGGGAUUGCCCUGCUUCCUUCCUAAAAUAUUUAAAGAAAUGCUUUUUAUUACUUCUCUUCAUGAUUGGUUCAUCAGUGGGCAUGAUUGUCUUCUCCAUUGUUUUGUGUCAUUUUGAGAAAACCGAAUUGGGGUCACUUAGAGAGGGUCGUAGGGCAGACAGGGUGCUCUCUUCCCACAUUUUCAGAUGCCUAGGAAGUCAAGAUGGAGGUCUCUCUCUGCCCACAUUUAGCUCAAAAGUACCAUGAACAAACCGUGCUGAAAUUUUGCUAAAAUGGUAGGUCAGAAUGUCUACCAAGUCAUGUUCAUGGUUCAUCCCACAGUACAGGUAGUCCUCGACCUACAACCACAGUGGAGCCCAACAUUUCUGUUGCUAAGGGAGGCAUUUGUUUGCCCCAUUCUAUGACCUUUCUUGCCACAGUUGUUAAGUGAAUCACUCUAGUUGAUAAGUUAGUAACCUGGUUGUUAAGUGAACCUGGCUUCCCCAUCGACUUUGCUAGUCAAAAGGUCGCAAAAGAUGAUCACAUGACUUUGGGACACCGCAACGGUCCUAAGUAUGAAUCAGUUGCCAAGCAUCUGAACUUUGAUCCCAUGAUCAUGGGGAUGCUUCAAAGGUUGUAAGUGUGAAAAACGGCCGUAAAUCACUUUUUUCAAUACUUCCUGUAUUGUCUAUUGUAUUGACACUACAUACAUCACUAUAUAGUUGCAUCUGUAAUGAAACCACAACGCAGGUGACAUUCUGUGGAAACAGGUGAUUUCUACCGUGGCCUUUUUGAUCAUAGGGUGGACAUCCCAAUACAUUCGGAGAAGAAAGAUAGGAAAUCUGACUCGGUACUAAUUCAAUAGAUGUCCCAGGUUGGCGCCAUACUUUUCAUGUCAUUAGAGAGCCUGAUGGUACUGAGGGGUGAGGGGGGCAUGCUCUCCACAGAGCGCCUGGUUUUAUCACCAUUGACCUUAUUUAGAUGGAAUUUCAGGCAAGUUGGCUUGGAGAAAAAAAAUCCUAGAUGGUAGUUAGAUCCCAGGAAUGAAUGACUGCGAAGAGUGAAGAUCAGCGUGCCUUCAUAAUUCACGCAUGCUUGGAUUAACCUAUGGCACCCAUUUCCAUUCAAUUCUGAACCACAAUCUAUUAAGACAAUCGUCACCCAGCUUUUCCAAGAGAUUUUUUUCCAAAUUUCUACCCAUUAUCUCUUGUGGCUUCUUCCAAGCUGUGACCGAAGAAAUGCAGUGCGAUUUUUAAAAAAAUGUUUUAGCCUGAAUAGCGUUUUGGGAACUGGAUAAACCAUAUAUGGAAAUCUUUGGCUGAAUUUAUAUACAGUUCAGCAAGGGAAACCUGAAUUAUCACUGUGUUUGCAAUGAAGGUGAGAACUCACCCUUCACAUGAAAUUUUCCUCACAACCCAUAGUUUACCUCACAACCCAUGCUAACUACAACUGCCAUAAUCCCCAACCAAUGAAGUCACGACAAGAGGAGGCGGACUUUAAUCAAAAUUAACUGGCCACUGUCAAAAUGCCAUUUUAUUUUAGCAUUUCAUAAAUCAAAAUUCUUGAAAACAGUAAAACGUAACAAAUUGGGAGGUUUUUCUUAACCAAUUGUCAUCUUUCAUUCCCCUCAACUUAUUUCUCUGAUUAUGGUGAGCUCUAAAACCAUUUCCACCUUUGGGAUAUUGCUUCUUAAAUUUUAAUUAUUAACAAAGCACUUUAUUUUCUAUUAUCUUCAGUCAAAUUUUGGCUUCUGAGUGAAUUCAGCCUAUGAAGACCCAAGAGGCUCCGAAUGAAAAUCUGAAUAAAGACAGGGAAAGCGUAUAACAAACACACUGCCUCCCUUUCCAGCUUAUUGCAUGUGUGUGGAAAUUGUAUGGGGUGUUGUGAUGUAAAUAUUGUAAAUUAUUUAUUGAUUUUAAAAAAAGCAAAUAAAUUUCUUUUUCUUCCCAAUAA